AUGGGUUCUGCCGGCAAAUACCAUCAAGACAGCAAAGAGGUGGAUGUGAAGAGCGAGGUAGCUUCGAAUGUCGAGCUUUUCUACGACUUGUGGUUCGUUGCAAACCUGAAUGUUUUUGCCGCCGUAAUAACCCCGCUCUUCGUUCUCGAGACUGACCACGAGAUAUAUGCCGCGCCAAGCCUGUGGAAUUUUGUGGGCUAUAUGUUGCUGUUGUGGACAACGUGGCUCAUGACCACGUUCCACUACGUGCGCUUCUACAAGGACGGUAUCGCUGAAAGAUGCCUCAUGGGGACCCAUCUCGGUGUAAUGGUGGGCUUCACCAUCAUCGGGACCCAAUUCAAUGCGGACAAGCAGAUCCAGUCUGUCUAUCAGGCUAUGCCCCUUUUUCUUAUGGCCUCGCGUCUGGCGUUGGCAGUGCAGUAUGGGAUGGUGUUGUACGACAGACAUGGUGACAUGACGCGGCGAGUACCACUUAUAAGCACCAUUGCGUUUCACUUUGUAGCUGCUAUGAUAUACCUAGGCAUCUCCUUUGGGUUCCAAGAAGGGCAGAACAAUAGAGACUUCGUAGUUUGGUAUGCUUUUGGCGUGGUGGAGAUGGUCAUUGAGCUGGCGGCGUCGCGGGUGUGGAACUUUUUGACCUUUGUCGGCACCCACCUACCCGAGAGAUUCAAUCUGUUGACACUCAUCAUUCUAGGCGAGGGCGUCAUAAUCAUCGCCAAGAACGUUACCCUUGUCGUCCAGAACUUCUCGGUCAAGGACGAGAGAUUUGCUAACUGGAGCCCUGCGCUCAUUGGCAUCGUAAUAUCAGGUACUGCGCUGAUCUACAUUAUCUACCAGCUCUAUACGGGUUGGAUGUGCGAAGGGGAGAUGUCAAGACACCGCCAGAUCGUAUGGGCGGCAUUGCACCUUCCUCUGCACAUAACUCUGCUACUCCUGCUCAAGGGUGCAACUCAGUUCAUCAUUUGGCAACGACUCAACGAGUCUGUCACACUGGCCAUUGACCAGAUUGGCAGUAUAGAGAUCCCCGCACAUGCGACCAGCGACAGCAUUGCCUGGUCCUUGGCGAAUACAACUCUCGCCUACUUGAGGAUAUAUCCACCAGCGGAUGAGUUAUUCACAUGGCAAAACGUCAUCGACAACGUGAGAAAUAUUAGCAGCAUCCCGGACAGUUUCUGGCGGGCAGGAAUGACAGAGCCAGGCGAAGAACUUUUCGAGCGCUUCACCUUGUCUUGGCAUGAGCUGCUCUACACUGUUAUCAACAGUAUUUCCAGCAGCUUCGAGAUUCUCAUGCCAUCCCAUCUAGACCCAUCAUCAGACAUGCAUCUCGUCCAGGCACGGACAGCAGCUGCCAUCCAUGCUCGCUUUCGUCUUGUGCUCGUGUACUCAUUUGUAUGUGCGGGUAUUACCCUGCUUGCCAUGACCACCCUGUACAUAAUAGCCAAGGACGAUGGAUGGACCAAGUUCGACGUGUUGCGAACCAUGUUUGCUGUCGAUGUGGCAAUCGGUUUGGGUCUGGUCUGCCUCGUAGCCAAGGACGAUGACACAGCUGAAUCAUUUCUGGGCAGUCCCUGGAUGCUUCCCACCAUGACUAUCUGCUAUUUCGCCGUUUUGGUUGUUUCUUAUAUCCCAGAUCCGACGUCCCUUACACGCCGGCGCGAAGGAUCCUGAAAUUGUCAAUUCGGACCACG